GUGAACGCAUCAUUGGUGCCGUCACGGAACGUGCAGGCUGCAGCCUUGCUUUGCCCCCAAACUAAAUCCUGCAAGGCGGCCGCCCUUUAACACCACAGAGAGGACGGCGGUUAUUAUUUAGCAUAAACAAGCAUUCUUCACGUGGGAGAGGCAGCGUAAGACAUUUACUUUGGAUGGCUGCAAUUCCUGUAGUGACGGGCUAACUUGCGCUGGACGACAACAUCUGGGAGAAACGUUCAAGCUGCCUCUCCCAGUGUCUCUCGUACUCUCUCCCCCUCUCUCUCUCUCUAAUCUCGUCAAGAUGUCAGCUUUCUCGGAGGCGGCUUUAGAAAAGAAACUAUCCGAGCUUAGUAACUCGCAGCAAAGUGUGCAGACGCUGUCGCUGUGGCUCAUUCAUCACAGAAAACACUCGAGGACCAUUGUCAAUGUUUGGUUCAACGAACUGAAAAAAGCUCAGACAUCGCGCAAGUUGACCUUCCUUUACUUGGCCAAUGACGUCAUUCAGAACAGCAAGAAGAAAGGACCCGAAUUCACCCAGGACUUUGCACCGGUCAUCGUUGAUGCAUUCAAACAUGUAUACAGAGACGGCGAGGACGGCUGUAAGAAACAGUUGGGUCGAGUUUUGUCCAUCUGGCAGGAGAGAGCUGUGUACGAGAACAACCUGCUGGAUCAGCUCUCACAAGUCCUAUAUGGAGAAAAAAAGGCUAAGAAGAGGUCAUACGAGGAGAUCCAACCAGAUGAUGAGGACUUUGCUUCCCAGAGCUCCCCAGCCGAGCCCCCACAGACAGCAGAAUUAAUCCGAGCUCUGCAGGAGCUGGAAAAUGCAGCCUCUGGCGACUCAGUGCUGCGUCAGCGUAUCUCGUCCCUUCCUGCUGAGGUGCAAGACACGUCACUGCUACACAGGAUCACAGAUAAAGAAUCAGGGGAGCGGCUUUCCAGGCUGGUGGAGGAGGCCUGCAUGCUGCUAGCAGACUACAGUGGCCGCUUGGCGGCAGAGAUUGACGACAGGAGGCAGCUCACACGCACACUAACGGUCUUCCUGCAAAGCCAGAAGGACGGCCUCGUCCAGAACGAGCAGAAACUUGAAGAAUACAAACGCAAACUGGCGAGGGUGACCCAGGUCAGGAAGGAGCUGCGCUCACGUCUGAACAAUCUUCCAGGAGGACUCUACAACUCUUCAAACUGACUCACCUCUGCGUCUGACACGUCUCAUCAUGACUCCUAAAUAUUUGAUCAGUGACAUUGUCAUAAUCCUCUUGAUUUUGGGAGCAGUGUGUCUGUAUCCCACCCUGUAUGGUGACCCGUGGUUCUCAUUUGAUCUUCAACAGAUUAUUUAUGCACAUGGCUUUUAUUAACAGAAACGUCUCAUUUUCUUGUCUGUGAGCUCUUCUCAUUGUGCUGUGUGUUGUCAGUACAUUGUAAAUUAAGAUUUAUAAUCGACAAACACAGGCCUCUCCUGCUUUUGCCCUCCUGCCCAUCUAACUUUUACAGCUUUAAAGCAGUAUGGGUGAUGCUGGUGUGAUAUUUUUGUAUUUAUAGUGACUUAAGAUAAUGCACCAGAGUAUAUCCCCUUAGUGUCAUUCAUGAUAAGUUCCUGUAUUUUAGAUUGCUGUCAUAACUUUAUUUUACUGUUUGUAGGUCAUUGUUUUCAUGCAGUAUCUGAAGAGAACUUUAGGAAAUCAUACUCUGAAGCUGAGUAGUAAGCCAUGUCCAUGAAGGCAAAUCGAAAUAUGUUAUUAUCAUUUAUGUAAGGCCUUUUUUGUGAGAGAAGUGUGGGAAUCAUUGCUCAGUGUAUAUUUCCAAGUUUGCAUGUAAAUAUGAGUUAUCUGUUGAUGAUUUGUAUCCAUGUCAACAUCGCUUACGAAACGGUCACUCAGACAAAUUACUGAGGUAUCUUUGUGCAUUGAUGCCUUCAUAGUCGCUCAGAGCUCCACUGUACUGAAAUAAUGAGUGAGGUGGGAGUUUGUUGUCUUGUUUACUGUAUCACUCCGCUCCAUAGAUUUACUCCCGAGUCUACUGAAUGCUGUGCAGACGCCUCACACAGUUCCCAGUUUCCAAAGCCAGACUUAAGCUGUUUGUUUUUUGUACAUAUGAAGCGAAUUACUUCUUAGAACCAAAUAAACAGAAAAUGGACAGAC